AGAAUGUGUACCUAUAUGACUGCUAUAUUAUUUUAAGCUUGCAGUUAGAAGUUGACCUCAUUUAGGGUAAAAAUCGUUUAAUUCUCGCAAAAUUAUAGGCGCAAAGUUUCCAUUGCAAUUGCAACCUGACAGAAUCCACAGUAGCGUGCUUUCCAAUCAAUAAUUCCUGCUUCUUCUGCUGACUAAAUACUCGCAUUUCUCAUUAACACAUUGCUAAAAGCUCAAGAAUUUUUGUACCAAGGCAGUUCUCUUAAACCGCAUUCCAUCGCGUCAGGUUUAGGACAAAUUGUAGUUGAUUAGUACCUAGGAAAAGUUUGUAAAUAGAGAGUACGCCAAUGUGCAUAUUACAGACGAAGCCCGGUUUAAAAGCAGCAUGGCGGCAGGACUGCGAUGUUUAGGAUUUUGGUGUUUUUUUUAAUGAAAUUCAAAUAUCUUGCCAGUGUCGGGCCGUAAUAGUCGCGGAAAUGUGAAAAUAGUGUCGGAUCUACGUUUUUGGCUGUUAGCAUUUCUGGAGUGUUUUUUGAUGCGAAAUAAGUGAGUGGCCGGGCUUUUCUAAAUCGAAUUAUGGCGUCCAACGAGGAAACAUCCACAGAGGAUGAAAACAAGGGCUUUUUGGAAAAGCAGGCGAAGCUAACAGCUUCCGAUCAGUGCUUAGUCUGUAACUUAGUUGUUUCGCAGUGUAAUUGUGAUAUCCCAGAAAGGAAUUUUCAUGAGGAACUUGACUUGACCAAUGGGGGGAGCAAUGGAAGUAGAGAUGCCUUGGUGGAGGAUUUCGUACCUCGAACCAAUGGUGAAGGUUCAAUGGAACAUUCAGAAAAAGAAACGAUGCUCAAUAAUCGAGAUCAUCAAAAUAUAUUUCUAUCUGAACUUCCAAAAACUCCGUCAAUCCAUGCUGACUCCGAGUCAAACGAUUUUCUUCAAAGUAUUAUUUCUGAUGAGAAAGGUAUUUUUCAAAAUAUUUCAAUGAAUUCGACUACCGAUGAGAAAAAAUGUAACGGAACUGUAUCAUACGAGGAAACCCCUAUAAAAAAUAAUUGUUCAGGGUCGGAACAAGCAGACAAUAAGAAACUAAACGGCCAGAGUGCACCAAUGAUUUGUGAAGAUGCGCCUGCCACGCCUGAUAUCAAAUUAAAAUAUUCAAGUGAACAUACAAACGAUUCCCAAGAAGUGCUUGUUGAAAAUCCCAGUGUAAUCGAUUCAAAGGAAAAACUCAACGUUGAAAGUCAGAUAAGCUAUACAGAAAAUCCUGUUAUUCCCAACCCAACAGCUACUAAUAAUAAUACUAUAAAUAUUCACAUAAAAGUCGAUGAUAAAGUUGAUUUACCCCAUUCGGAAGUUAAACUAGAAGCUGAGAGUGAAGAGAAAGUUGAAGAUGAGCUAAUUGCUCCACCUAGUAAGAAGAGAAGAUGUUCAAUGAUUUUAAACAAGUUGAAUGAGGGUUUAGUAGAUUUCAAGAACGGAAUUGAGGUUUUGCAAGCUAUAGAAAAUGAUCCGAAUAGACACAAAUCAAUCAAGUCCAUUAAAUCUGAGUAUUGUGCUGUGUCAGGUGUGGUAGCGCCUAGAAAAAGUAGAACACGUUCCGUUGAUUUAGUUUCAACUUCCAUGCGAGAUGUUAAAAGGUCACAUUCAGCUGAUAAUAACAACGGCGAUAUUAAAAUUCGAAAAAUUGACUUUUCACAGUAUAAAGUAACGGUUAAAUGUGAACCUUCCAAACCCAAGGAUAAUCACAGUAGAAGGCAUAGUCGUUCUAGCAGUCGUAAAUAUGAUUCAAAAAACAGUAAAACUAGUAGUAGUAGGAAGCAUUCUAGUAGUUCAAGCUCCAAAUAUAGGGAUGUCAAACCAAGAUUGUUGACUGAUGGCAACUACAGUUUCCCCCCUGAUGAUCUCUCUUUGAGGUAUCGGAAAUAUUUUCAUCUGGAAACUCAUACUAAUGGGGGCGCCAAUAUAUUAAGAAUGUAUCAAGAUGAAAUAAAGCAUCUCAGUUCAAGUGAAAUUAAGGAGCUUGCACGAGAAUGGUUCAGACUAGCAUUUGAAGAAGAUAAAAAUGGCCAUGCGAAAUUUGUGAUAGCGGUAAUUCAUGGGUCAGCUACUUAUUUGCCAGAUAUCCUGGAGUAUAUGGCUGAAAAUUACCCAAAUUUAACAGUGAAAAAUGGCCUUCUGAGCAAAAGUUCCGAUAUUGAAACAACCACUUUGUCGGCUUACAAUAGAAACGUUUGUCAGCAUUAUGAAUCAGGAACAGUGAGAUUUGGUCCGUUGCAUCAGAUCAGUAUUGUAGGAACUGCCCAUGAGGAAGUAGGCGGGUAUUUUCCUGAUAUAUUGGAUCUCCUAGAGGAAAAUCAAUUUCUGAAAAUGACAAUGCCAUGGGGUUCGCUAUCCAUAUUAGACCAAAUGAGGCCCAGUGAAAGUAAUGAUGGGCCGAUUAUUUGGGCCAGACCUGGUGAACAACUUGUUCCAACUGCCGACAGUAAAACACCAAAUAAAAGAAAAAGGACAGGAAUAAAUGAAUUGCGAAACUUGCAGUAUUUACCAAGAAUGUCGGAAGCACGUGAGCAUUUAUUUGAGGACCGAACUAGAGCCCAUGCAGAUCACGUUGGAGCUGGUCUUGAUAGGAAAACGACAGCGGCCGUGGGCAUUUUAAAGGCGAUUCAUGCAGGAAAAUCUGAUGGGCCAAUAAACAGGAUAACGAAGGAUGUUGUUGCGUUUUCGGCCAAGUACUUCGAUAUACUGGCCGAAAAAUUGCAGUUGGAUUUACAUGAGCCCCCAAUAUCACAAUGUGUCCAAUGGAUUGAAGAUGCUAAAUUGAAUCAGCUUCGAAGGGAAGGAAUUGAAUAUGCGAGAAUUAAUUUAUAUGACAACGACAUUUAUUUUCUACCCAGGAAUAUAAUUCACCAAUUUCGAACAGUUACUGCCGUAACUAGUAUUGCGUGGCACGUUCGAUUAAAACAAUACUACACCUAUGAAUUAACUGGGGCGACCCAAGAGAAUACAACAAAUAAUCACAAGAACUCUACAUCGAACCACAAAACGAAAUCGCCCAAAUUAACAAAUCACUGUUCGAUAAAGUCGGCAGAUGUGGAGAAAGUGAAGCAUAAAAUUGAUUUCGAAAAGUUGAAGAUCAAAAUUGGGGAAAAAGUGAAAGUUUACAACGAGAAGGAAAAAGAAAAGCUGAAGUCCAGCAGUAGUAGUGAUGAAAAAUCGGUAAAGGACAAGAGUCGAUAUAAAGACAAUGAGAGAAGUAAGGAACGAGAUAAAAAGGAGCACAAGCAUAAAGACAGAGAUAGGUACGAGAAAGAUAAAGAUCGGCAUCGGAGUAAAGACAAGCAUAGACAUCAGCAUAGUUCACAUAAAGAGAGAAGAGAAAAAAGCCAUAGCCAUCAUAAUAAUGUGAGCGACAAGAACAAAAACUCAAGUGAAAAGAAACAUACAAAACACCACAAUAAUUCCAGCGAAAACCGAGAAACAGGCAAAGAACUUAAACAAAUUUCCAGUUCAAGUACUGACAUUUCGCAUACCGCGAAUACAACUAAUCAUUCCGAUUCACCGACAUUAAAGUCCACUAGCAGCGUAUCUGUGAGCUCUUUAUCAUCAAAAUCAGAGCGGCGCUCGAGCAACGAAGGGAGCCCUCUUAAAAAACCUAUUAAGAUAAAGAUAAAGCCGUUACCUCCACCACCCUCUAAUGACAUUUUGGGUGAUAUACUUACAUCAAUGACCAAGUGUGAUCCACAAAUUUAAUAUUAAUUUACAGGUUGGCUAAAAACAUUUCAAGUAUCCAUGUUGGCUGGAAUAUUUGAAGUUUUUUUAUCAACCUGUGCAAUUUGUUGUGUGUAUUAUGUAUGUUGUAUGAUUUAGAUUUGACUGGCAAUUUUAUUGAGAGGUUUUUAAGUGACGAUUAUUAAUUUUCGCCUGCCGCAAAUCGUUUGAAAACUUCAGUUUCACUGACUGAAGCAGAAGGUGGUGAUUGGUUUGCGUUACAUCUGCCAGUUAAUUUUUCGGAAAAGCGGUCUGUGAUAUGAAUUUUUGUUUCGGUAGGAAUUACGUUUAUGUAAGUUAUAUGCUGUAAAAACUGCAUUGCUUUAAAUUUGAAGAAAAAAUCUCUCAUAAUUUUGCAGUACAAUUAACAGUAUAUUGUAAAAAGUUAAGAUAUUUAUAUUAGGUUAUAAUUUGUAUAUUUAUAGAAUCUCUGUAAAUAUUUGUAAGUAGCCGAUUUUAUAAAUUUUGCUACAAAUUAUCAAGUUAGCGAAAGAAAAAACAUCAGCUUUCAACAGGAUUCCAUUAGACUUCUUACUUGAACAAAGCAAACAUGAAUAAAGAUGAAUCAUAAUUAUCAAGAAACUUAGCUGCAAGCGAUGACGAAGAAACCUUGCCAAUUUUGAGGAUACGCUGCACCCAUAAGUUGUUAAAUUUAUUUUCAUACGUAAAAUAUUUUCGUAUUUAAGUCAGAAUUCUUCUGAACAAUUUAAUUGACGGUGUGUUCGACACGUAAUUGACUUGGCGUAAUCUCUAGUAGGUCACACUAUAGUUGAUUAGGCUGAUACCCUGAAGAAAAAAGCUCUAGACUUUCAAAAGUAAAUUGUUAGGCCUGGGAUAACAAUUUUACAACGAGACCUGUUUUAAAAACGAUAACCUUUGUUUUUCAAUCUUACGGCAACGGCAAUCUUUAUUUUAAACCGGAAUUUGCGUUUUGUAAAAGUUACUUUUUUGUUGCUGUUCCUAAAUGAACUAGAAUAAUUAUUACUAAUAACAAUGGAAUUACCGUUUAUCAUCUAUUAGUAUUGCAAAUUUGCUUUGUAGACAUUUUUCAGUGAUUUAUAUUACAAUUCCUAUACUAGCUUUAAUAGUAUUUUGCAAAAUAGUUCUUUUUUUAGUUUUAGUCACUUGAAGAGAAGUCAGAUUUGUUCGUCAUUCGAAUUCACUCUCAUGAAAUCAAGCGUUACUUUAUGUUUAAGGUAGAUCUAACCAAGCAAAUAAUGUUGAAUCAGAUAGUUAUACUAUUUAUGGUUUUCAUACAGCUUAAGGAUUUUUUAAAUUUUAUUUUGAAAAAUUUCUUCUGGCUUUGUUUCCAUACAUAUGAGAAAUAUAUUAUUUUUACAUUAUGAAAAAUUUGGACAUUCAUUUUUCCAUGAUUUUAUCCUUUCACGAUAAGUAUUUUGCAGCAUAAUUUGUAUUGUGAAUGGUGAAUGUUAUUCUUGAUAAAACUAUUAAUUUAAAAUUGUCGAAUGCUUUCCUCAAUUCAUCGUGCUGGCGAUUGUAUAGUAAACAUGAUAUGCAGAGGGUUUUCAGUUUAUUUUACUUAACGCGCACUUGCCUAAUUAUGCGCAUUCAAUUAUUUCUCUAUUUAAGUUUAGUGUUUCUUGUAAUUUAUAAUGUGACCUUAUACUAAUUGAAGCAUAUUUGCGAUAUCUUCGCGUCUAAGAGCCCACGUUUUCCUAUCGAAAAACUAUUGAAUAUUAAAAUUAAACAACCACUUUCUGGACGCUGAAACUGUUUCAGAAAUGUACUUUCGGGUCAAUUAUGAUGUUCCAUUAUUCAUUUGCUGUAGUGUAUUAAUUAUAUCAAAUGGUUUAAUUAUUUAGAAAGUACAAAUACUAAUCAUAAGGUUGCACACUAUAUUACUUGUUGACAAAUUUGUUUUAAUAUUAUUCAAAAUAGUCGGAUACUUUUCUUUGCAGAUCUCAUAAAAAAUAUAAAAAUUCCUGUAUUUUCUAAUUAGCCUAUAAUUGUAAAUAUGUAUAAUUAAAAGCAUUGUACAGUUUUUUACAUAGUUACACAUUUUAAGUGUUGUUGUUUAGAGUUAAUAUAAACAUGUUAUAAGAGUUUUAGAGGCCACUUUUAGCGAAAUCACUUUUUUAUGCUUGGACUCUGGCUAGUUUGGUAAUUUAUCAAAUUUACUAAAAAUUUCAGCAAAAAAUACAUAUAAAAUGAAAAUGCUUCCAUAUCAACCCGUUUAUCAGAAUUAAUUCGAGUAAAUCUAUUUAUUGAGUAAGCCACUUGUUACUAAAGUUAAAGCGGCGAUAUAUUUUUGAUUAGUAUUUCAUUUUUCAUUGCAGGUUUGUGCUAAUAAUAAUUGAGCUAAAUCUGCAGUAGGUAAAGGUAAUUGAGUAAAUUUUAAAAGUAACAAACUCUCCGUAGUCCAAGAGACAAUUUGUAACUUUUGCGUGUAGCUUUUUUAAAAAUUAUAACUGUUCACAAUAGGAUAAAACUUCAUUUUGCCCAAAAACGUCCCGCCCCAUGUUUUGCGACUAAUGGUUUUUUAGAAAUAAAUCGACACCUGUCUUGUAUAUAUAGAUGAAGGAAUGAAAUCAAAAUCACGAAUAGUUUUAUUUUCGUAUUGUAAUAGAUGAUAUGUAAAGUUCCUUUUCAAAUCCAAAGUGUCAGUUUCUAAUACAACCAAUAAAGUUUUUAACUCUA